AUGAACCGCGUCCUGCAGCAAAGGUUCGGACGAAUCGCGUCUAUUUCCCUUCGCAGUGCUUCUAACAAUAGUGGCAUCACGACCAAGUCGCCAUCGGCAGCUCAAGUUUCAGAGACUAACGCCAAAUUCGACGAACUUACUCAUACCGGACAGGUAUUGUCACUUAUCAAUUCUAGUUUGAAACUCAAAAUAACUGAUUUAUAAAAUUUUUCAUGUCAGGCGUGGGACCAGGCGGAUUACAGACUCCAGCGUUUCGGAAUAUCUCCUAAGCAGGUAGCCAGGGGAAGGAUAGUUUCUUAGCUUAAGAAUGUUUGUAGGUGAAUCCGAACAUUGCGAUGAACUUGAUCGCACAGCGUCCGCCUCAAGACUGCGGCCACGAGCGAAGCGUUCAUUGCGACGGAGGACAUCCUGCUUUGGGUCACCCUAAAGUCUACAUAAACUUGGUGAGAAUCCAACUGGUUUCCUUUUCUUUUUUUGACAGAGUUCAUUGGGAAACGUAUAUUUUCUUUUUGAUUGGGAAAUAUCAUCGAAAGGUGUUCUUACCGAGUUUUAUGACGGUCCUAGGCGCAAAAUAAAACUAACAUCCCUGUAAGAAUAACGCAAGUUUUCUCUUUUUUAAAGCGAGCGUCUCGGACAAAGUCGGAAUGGUGAAUAAUGGCCGCUAAAAGGGAGAGGCUCAUAAAAGGCCGCAGAAAGGCAGAAAAAAGAACUUCCUUUGUCGAGCCUUCAUUUUUCUUGGAUUUUAAAGGCUCCAGAAACGGAGGGAAAAGUGAGAGGCAGCAAAAAUUGUGCGUAAGGGCCGAGAAAAUGGCGCAGAAAGGCAGCAAAAAGGAACCUUUGUUACCCUGUAAGAAAUAUUUCUAUGGAGCCCUUUUCCACUCUUUCCGAAUUUGCCUAUGGAAUUUUUUUCGAGUCUAAAUUUUCAAGUGAUUCCAGGACAAGCCCGGAGUUCACGCCUGCGGCUAUUGCGGCAACCGUUUCUACAAUUCUCACGUCACCAAGGGAACAGAUAUGGAAAUCCAGCACCUCAAUUGCUAA